AAAUGUACCAUGGGAUGCAUCAAAUCCAAGAAUGCCUUUUCAGGUUCACAUGCUAUCCAGGAUGAGAGGAUUGGGAUAGCGAACGACGGAGGCACGGGGGAGAAAUCCUCCCUGGUGGCAGCACAGCUGGACGGGAAGGGUCCGUCGAGCUCCAUCGUGCUGGACUACGCGCACCGGCUCUCCCAGGACAUCCUGGAUCAGGCUAUGAAGCAGUGGGCAGUGACUGAAAGCAAAUACAGCGACAUCCCUUUUAUCGAGAGCGACGUGCCCUGAGCCCCGGCCGGCAAAGGCCGGACCCGCA